UCAACAUAAUAAAAGCAGUGUGCGUUUGCCUUUUCGUAAAUUUCGCGAAAACAUGAAGUUGUUUGCUGUGAUCGCCGUGACGUGGUCUUUCUUACUAUCGGUGGAUGGUUUCGGUGGGACCAUUGAUUGGGAGCUGGACCAGGUAUCGCCCUAUAUAUCUAAUGGUACCCAGAUCUCAAUUCAGAGCAGACCAUAUCAGGUGUCCCUAGUUAUCGAUUUUGUAAAUUACUGCAGCGGCAUUUUGCUGUCGGACUUGUUUGUAUUGACCGCUGCACAUUGCAUAUAUGGGAGGAAAUACGCCCAAGUUAUAUUGGGUGCCAACAAUCCAAAUGCUUCUAUAAGAGAACCGACUUUGGUAAGCAGGGAAGCUCUUCUGUUGUACCCGCACGACCUAUACAGACCGAACUCAACCAGAUUCGAUAUAGGGGUGGUAAGAUUUCCUUCGCCGGUAACCUUUACAGACGUGAUCAAACCUGUAACUUUACCCAACAUGAACGAUACAAGCCCUAGCAAUUACACCGGGGAGAUUGGAAUAGUGUCUGGAUGGGGGUACAACGAAAAGUCAGGUCCCAUGGCAGCCCAUCUAAGAGGCGUUAACGUCACAGUCAUCACCAAUUACGAAUGUAAUGCUUCAUAUAGUGGAGUUAUUAGGGAUGAGCAUUUAUGCGCGAGUGGACGUGGUGCGGCUUGCAUUGGCGACGGAGGAGGGCCUCUGAUUUUUAACCAUACGUUGAUUGGAUUGAUAUCUUGGUCCGACGAAGCUUGUAACAUGACGGCACCUACAGUAUUCUCCAGAAUCACUUACUGGAGAGAUUGGAUUUAUCGCUUUUCGGGAAUAUGAGCACAUGUAGAAUUGUUAAUAAAAUUAUAAGAAUUUAGU